CACCCCGAACCCGGCACCCCGAACCCGGCACCCCGAACUCGGCACCCCGAACCCGGCACCCCGAACCCGGCACCCCAAACUCGGCACCCCGAACCCGGCACCCCGAACCCGGCACCCCGGCCCAGCCUGGCUGGACCUGGGAGCAGAGCGGUGGGGUCCCGUUGGUGACGCCCAGCGGGGCUCUGCUGUCCCCAGACUCGAGGCCGGCGUGGCCGGCGAUGACCGACGCGGUGCUGGGCGGCUCCUCCGACCGGUGGAUGUGCCCCAGUGACAGGACCAUGUCCCUCCGAGCCAGCAGUGAGAAGGAGCAGCUCCCGGCGGGCUGGGCAGCGCAGCCCGAGCGGCAGCGCAAGGGCGAGGAGCUGACGGACGAGGAGAAGGAAAUCAUCAACCGGGUGAUCGCCCGCGCCGAGAAGAUGGAGGAGAUGGAGCAGGAGCGCAUCGGGCGCCUGAUGACCCGGCUGGAGGACAUGCGCCGCAGCGUGCUGGGGGACGGCGUCAACCGCUGCAUCCUCUGCGGGGAGCAGCUGGGGACGAGGGGCUCCGCCUGUGUCGUCUGCGAGGACUGCAAGAAGAAUGUGUGCACCAAGUGCGGGGUGCAGACCACCAACAACCGGCCCCAGGCCAUCUGGCUCUGCAAGAUCUGCAGCGAGCAGCGGGAGGUGUGGAAACGCUCCGGCGCCUGGUUCUUCAAGGGUUUGCCCAAGCAGAUGCUGCCGCAGCCCAUGCCCGUCAGCAAGAAGGGACCCCAAACCCCGAGCGAGCCCCGCCCGGCCGAGCCACCCACCCCGGACCCCAAAGUCCCCUCCCGGGCACCCAGCCGAGGCCAGGCGGAUGCCGAGGACACCGAGGGCACCGACGCCACAGCGGCCGCCCGGGGAAGCCGCAAAGCGGCCGAGGGCCGGGCGGCUCCGUGCGGCGGCGAGGCCACCGGUGGGGACGGCGACAGCCGCGACUCCGCUGCCGAGAGCGGGGUCAGCAGGAGCCCCGGUGUGAAGAGAACCAGCUCCGUGCAAGGCCAGCGGCCAGCCCCGGCAGCCGCGGCCGGUCCCGCCGCCGCUGGACCCGCAGCGCCGGCGGCCGCAGCGGCAAGGCCGGGUCCCGGGGGUCCCGCCCGCUUCCCGGAGAGACAAGCGAGCCCCCCGGAGCCGGCCCGCGGCGCCGCCAGGGAGGAGCGGGCCGGGGGCUUUGCCGGCAGGGAGGAGCGGCCGGCCUGGCAGCCCCCGGCAGCCCCGCAGCCCCCGGCCGCAGCCGCGGCCCCGCAGCGGCAGCAGCAGCCCCGCGAGGAAGAGGAGGAGGACGCCAACAGCUACGACUCGGAUGAAGGCACCACGCUGGGAGCUCUGGAGUUCAGCCUGCUCUAUGACCAGGACAACAGCUCCCUGCACUGCACCCUCAUCAAGGCCAAGGGCUUAAAACCAAUGGAUUCCAAUGGCCUGGCUGAUCCCUAUGUGAAGCUGCACCUCCUGCCCGGAGCCAGCAAGUCGAACAAGCUGAGGACGAAGACGCUGCGCAACACCCGGAACCCCGUGUGGAACGAGACCCUGGUGUACCACGGCAUCACCGACGAGGACAUGCAGAGGAAAACCCUCAGGAUCUCCGUGUGUGACGAGGACAAAUUCGGCCACAACGAGUUCAUCGGAGAAACCAGAGUUGCCUUGAAAAAACUCAAAGCCAACCAGAAAAAGAACUUCAACAUCUGCCUGGAGAGAGUAAUACCAACGAAGCGCGCCGGAACAACCGGCGCAUCCCGUGGGAUGGCCUUGUACGAAGAGGAGGUGGAUCGCGGCGGGGACGUGGAGGAGCGCGGGAAGAUCCUGGUGUCCCUCAUGUACAGCACCCAGCAGGGCGGGCUCGUCGUGGGCAUCGUGCGCUGCGUGCACCUGGCCGCCAUGGACGCCAACGGAUACUCGGACCCCUUCGUCAAGCUUUGGCUGAAACCUGACAUGGGAAAAAAGGCCAAGCACAAGACACAGAUUAAGAAGAAAACGUUGAAUCCUGAGUUUAACGAGGAGUUCUUCUACGACAUCAAACACAGCGACCUGGCCAAGAAAUCCCUGGACAUUUCCGUCUGGGAUUACGACAUCGGAAAAUCCAACGACUACAUCGGCGGUUGCCAGCUGGGGAUCACGGCCAAGGGCGAGCGCUUGAAACACUGGUACGAGUGUUUGAAGAACAAGGACAAGAAGAUCGAGCGCUGGCACACCCUGCAGAACGAGAACCACGUCGCCAGCGACUAAAGGGAGCCUCUGCCCGGCCCUCCCCGCCCUCUGCCACGCCCCUGUAGGUCCCCGAUGUCCCCGAUGUCCCCGAUGUCGUCUUCCAGCGCAGCCACGCCUUGCUACAGCCUCUGACCCCUCCAUCCUCCCCUCCACUGGAAACUCCCCCAGAUCUUUUCUAUUCUCCUGUAUUUCUUUUCAGCUGGGGGAGGGAGGCCGGCGAGUUCCCCUGGUGUGUAAUUUUGGCAAGCAAUAGUUCCCUCCCGACUGUCCCCCCUCUCUCUCUCCUCCCCGGUCCCCGUGGCAGCGUUCCCGUCGCGUUCCUGACGCUCUAUGUCCCUCCGGCCUCCGCUCCGGCGUCUCCCCCCGGGAGAUGGGAGCGCUGGGCUCGGGAGCAUCGGCCUGUGCCGCUUGUGUGGUCUCAAUACCUCAGUUGCAAUAACGAACGAGCUCCUUGGCUUUGGCGUGGGCGUCACCGUCGCCUGGUGUCCGUGUCGUCGUGGUUAGGCCAAAUCCGGUGUCACCGGUGUCAUCCCGCGAGUCCCGCUUGAGCUUCUUCGCCUCCGGUCUGGCCCACCUGAGCAACGCUGUGGCACAUCCUUUGCCGAGAAGAUCCACCACCAACCCAGCAACAGCGACAAGGAGGGUUUGGGGAGCUCUGUGCUGGCAGGGGAGCAGGUUUGCUUUGGUUCCCGUCGUUUCCAGCCGCCGCGGGCGGCUCCUUCGCCCGAGGAAUUCGGGGGCUCUGCUGCUCUAGGAGCCCAGCUGUGUUUUAGGGUUGUGACUACCUCCUCUUCACCUCUGAGCUGUGUAGUAGUGACUGGCCGAGCCCUGAGGGCAGCCCUGGGUCCCCUCAACCCCUCCUGCUUCCAAGGAUUUUCUGUUCCUCAGGAGGGAAGCUGAGGGAGCUGCUACUUCCCCCAGCCCCCUGAUGUGUGCAAGGAUUAUUGCUUUAAACCACCACAACUCCUGGAAUUAGCUGGAACAGUCCGAGAACUUCCAAACGUGGGUUGUUUUGGUUUGGUUUUCUUUCGCUUUUCCCAGUUUUCUGCACAAGAACCCUCAGCCUGCACUUUAAGGAUGGCCUGGAGCUGUCAGACCUGGUCUGGGCAGCAGGAGAGCACCGACUCCCUGUAGGUGCUGCUGCUGGGCAGUGGAACAAUUCCUUGGCUCUGGAACCAUUCCCUGGCUCUGAAACACUCCCUGGCUCUGGAAAACCCCAGACCUCAUGGAUAGGAGCACACUAAGCACUACGGAAUAUAUGGAAUUUUUUGUCACACUGAGCAUGAGGUGUGAAACCUCCCCCCGAGUCCCCUGCACCCUCUGCUGCAGCUGCCCUCUCUUUGAGUCGGAUGAGUUUGGUUUUCCUGAUAUUUUCUUUAUUCCACUCAGCCCCAACAGAAUUUGCUGAUGUGCCCUGAGUGUCCCCAGCCCCGAGUGACAAAACCCACUCUGUGCUGAGCUGGCCCAGCCUGACACAGGUUCCCCCUCCUUGCAUCUCCAGGUGGGAAAAGCCAACCCAGCCCACCCCAGAAGGUCCAGCCAGAGCUGGGGAUCCUCUUCCAUCACCCCAGCUGUGGUGUGAUGGUGCCUGUGGCUUGGCUUGGGGUGGAAUGGAAGAGAACACCUGGAAUUUUUCCCCUUUUUUCACGGAAUUGUUGCCUCUGUGCCAUUCAGGGUGGCAUCCCUGAGCCACUCUGGCCAGGAGCAGACUGAAACAAUCCCAUUUUUUUGGGCUGUUUCCCUCUGCAUCCCGUGCCAAAACCUCCCUGCUCCAGGCCCAGCUGAGCUGUGGGAUGGUGGGAUCCAGGAUCCAUGGUUGGAUUCUCCCUUUUUCAACCUUCAUGACUCCAAGCUGCCACCACCCUUUCCAGAGGGAUGGAGCUGGCCCAAACAUUCCUGCCAUGCCCAGAGCAGCACCUGGGCACGGAGCUGUGCUGGGGAAAUGUGUGGCUGAGGGUAAAAAAACCUUUAAAAAAAUCAUUAUUUAAACAAUUCCUUAAUUCCUCCCAGUCCUGCAGCAGCCCAGCUUCGUUUGUAUGUGCAGAACAACUCACUUAAGGUUACCCUUAUCCCAUCCUGUAUUCCCAUUCCCUGUUCAGCCUGCUUUUUUUGGGAAAAGGAUACUCAGAUCAUCUCUUUGCACCUCCAAAAAUCAAGUGCAACUUGCCAAUCUCCCCGGUAUCGUGCAAAACCACAGCCCUGGUCUCUGCCCUCCCUCUUCUCAGUUUUUCUGAUGGUAAUUCCUGCCCUGAAUGACUUCUUUUUGUUGUAAAUAAAGCAUGCACCUAUGGAUUGGGAAUGGUGAAAAACAAAACAAACAAACAAACAAAAAAAGNAAAAAAAAAAAAAAAAAGAAAAUGAGAAGCCUCUUCUACUGCUGUUUGCAUUCAGACUCGCAUGCAGUGAUUUUACAGCCAAAUAUCAGUUUACAACUGUUAAGAGAAAAAGAAAACGUUACACAGGAAUUAGAAAUCCUCCAGUCUUCCGCUGCAUGCAGCACAACAUCCUCUCUUGAUGUGGUAUCUAAUAAAGUGAGACUAUUGGAAAAGAACAAAAAAACCCAGA